AUGGACCUGUCAAUUAACAUCCACCCCUUUCUCCUCCUCCUUGCCAUCAGUGGAGUUCUUGGAGCGUGCCCAGAUGGAUGCCAGUGCAGAGACAGCAAAAUCCUCUGCCAAGGCAGGUCAAUCACAGAGUUCCCGUCCUCAGUGCCUGGCUCUACCACCACCUUCUACAUCUCCAACACCAACAUCAUCGCUCUCAAACCCCAUGACUUGGCUGGUUUUGCCGAGGCACUUGGCAUCUUUGUGGUCAAAGACACUGGGAUCAGAGAGGUGUUCCCUGGCACCUUUGACCUCAGCCAUAACCUGGGUGCCCUGGGCUUCACAGGCACUGAGCUGAAUGACCUGCCUGAGUCCCUAUUUCUAAAUCUGGUGAAGCUGGAAUCUCUGACUCUGAGCGGCAACAAGCUCCUGGUGCUUCGCCCCGCCUGGCUCUACUCCCUCGCUGCUCUUAGGACCCUGGACAUAGGCAAGAACCUCAUCACGUCUAUACCUGAGGAGGCCUUUCGCUCCAUCACCGAGCUGCAGCAUCUCAGCCUAGCCAGGAAUAACAUCAGUCAGCUCUCAAGGAACACCUUCAGGGGCCUGAGCAAGCUCAAAUCCCUGCGUCUAAACCGGAAUGCUCUCAAGGAGAUCCCUGCCGGAGCUUUGGAUGACCUGGUGAGCCUGGAGGAGCUUUCUCUGCAGGAUAAUGACAUCACUCAUCUCCCCGCUAACCUGUUCUCCCAGCUGCAGAGCCUACAGAAGCUUUAUCUCUCCAGCAACCGGCUGACUUCCCUCCCACAGGGGAUUUUCCUCAACCUCCCAAACUUGGCCCAGAUCUCCCUGUAUAAGAAUGAGCUCCAGAGUCUGUCCCCAGGGGUUUUCGGCCCCAUGGCCCUGAAGGAGCUGUGGCUAUAUGACAACCGGCUGACACACCUGGAGGACAACACCUUCAGCAACCUGACCCAGCUACGUCUGCUGGUGCUGAGCCAGAACCAGAUCAGCUCUGUGUCCACAGGGGCCUUCAGUGGGCUGGCUGAGCUGGGGGAAGUAUCCCUGCACACCAACCUCCUCACCAGCCUGCAGGAGGGCACCUUCCAGGGGCUGCCAAAGCUGGUCAACAUCUCCCUCAAGCACAACUACAUCCGCGCCCUCCCCGCCAGGCUUCUCCAGGGCCUGUCCCAACUUGGCCAGCUGGUCCUCCACAACAACUCCCUCCCCAACCUGCCCUCAGAGCUCCUCAGCACCCUAACGGUGGCCAAGGAGGUGCUGCUGGUUGACAACCCCUGGAGGUGUGACCAGGACAUCGUGCCACUGCGAGACUGGCUGAGACGGCACCCCACCAAGACCAACCUCAGCGCUGUGGUGUGCCUCACGCCCUCUUACCUGAGCGGUGACAUUAUAGCCAACCUGACCAACGACGAGCUGAUGCAGGACACUACGACCGUCCCUGAUAUCACCCCCACAGAGAAGAGGAGGAAACCCCACACCCCACCUCCCAAGACGAGCACCCCCUUUCCUGCUGCAGAGGCCACGCCCACCCAGGAGCAGGGGGAGGACACCAGUACUGGGCGGGGGAACGGAGAGGGUGUGUCCAGGAACACGCAGAUCAUUAUCACCGCAGUGGUCUGCACCGCCGUCAUCACCAGUCUCAUUGUCUGCUGCGUCUGCUGGAGGAGGAACAAGAGAGGAAGCCGCAAUCUUGGCCGCAGGAACAAAAACAACUCAGUCAUCUAG